UUCUCCAACAACCCCCUCUUCGUUUUAUUCUUCUCUUUGCUCAAACAACCCUUCUCUUUUCAUAUUUUGACUUGGCUUUUGUUUGUUUAUUUGGCUCAGAAGCAAAAGCUUCCACCUAUUGUCUAAGAUUUUAUUUUGAUUUUCUUCAUUCAAAAUGGCAAUUUCUCUUCAUAAUUCAACAAGCAUUUCCCGUGUUGGCUUCGCUUCCCAAUUUCUGGGAUCAAAUUCCUCCUCCAAGGCAAUUUCCGUUUCUUUCCCUUCUUCUGUUGCUUAUCUCUCCCUCAAAUCGGUUGAGACUUCGAUACAACAGUUAUCUAGAAUAAAGGCAAUGUCGAAGGAAGAGAGUAGCAGCUCCGACCAAGUGAAAGUUGAUAUCUCUUUGAGCCCCAGAGUUAACUCUGUAAAGCCUUCAAAGACCGUGGCUAUAACUGAUCAUGCAACUGCUCUUGCUCAAGCUGGUGUCCCUGUUAUUCGGUUGGCUGCUGGAGAGCCUGACUUUGAUACACCAGCCGUUAUAGCAGAGGCUGGGAUAAAUGCUAUUCGUGAAGGUUACACAAGGUACACUCCCAAUGCUGGUACUAUGGAACUUCGUACGGCCAUUUGUCAUAAGCUUAAAGAGGAGAAUGGAAUCACGUAUACGCCUGAUCAAGUUGUGGUUAGUAAUGGUGCUAAGCAGAGUAUCCUUCAAGCAGUUCUCGCAGUUUGUUCUCCGGGUGAUGAGGUAAUAAUUCCAGCUCCAUAUUGGGUGAGUUACCCGGAAAUGGCAAGGCUGGCUGAUGCAACACCUGUUAUUCUCCCGACACUCAUGUCUGACAAUUUUCUAUUGGAUCCAGAGCUCCUUGAGUCUAAAAUCACUGAAAAGUCGAGACUGCUGAUUCUAUGCUCUCCAUCAAAUCCAACUGGAUCUGUUUACCCUAAGGAACUGCUUGAAAAAAUUGCAGAAAUUGUAGCAAAGCAUCCUAGGCUUCUGGUGCUAUCUGAUGAAAUAUACGAACAUAUAAUUUACGCUCCAGCAACUCACACAAGCUUUGCAUCAUUACCAGGCAUGUGGGAGCGGACUCUAACUGUCAAUGGCUUUUCCAAGGCUUUUGCAAUGACUGGUUGGCGGCUUGGAUACAUUGCCGGACCUAAGCACUUUGUUGCGGCAUGUAAUAAAAUCCAGAGUCAGUCCACUUCAGGAUCCAGCAGUAUAGCACAAAAAGCAGGAGUUGCUGCAUUAGGCUUGGGAUAUGCCGGUGGGGAAGCAAUUUCCACCAUGGUGAAAGCAUUCAGGGAACGGCGGGAUUUCUUGGUUAAAAGCUUUGGGGAACUGGAAGGUGUCAAGAUAUCAGAACCUCAGGGGGCUUUCUACCUCUUCAUUGAUUUCAGUUCUUACUACGGAAUAGAAGCUGAAGGUUUUGGUAAAAUUGAAAAUUCGGAGUCACUUUGUCGAUACUUCCUGGACAAUGCUCAGGUUGCACUAGUCCCCGGAGAUGCAUUCGGGGACGACAGCUGCAUUCGGAUAUCGUAUGCAGCGUCCCUCACCACCAUACAAGCUGCUUUCGAGAGAAUUAAGAAAGCACUCGUCUCCCUCAGGCCUGCUGUUGCUGUUUAACACAUGAAUUACCAUCAGUUACCAUGUAACUGUUGAUUGUACUUUUUAUUUGGGAUUUGAAUUUUCUAUAAACUCUGGGUUUGGACUUGAUAGCUCGAAUGUCGGAUGUUGUAAGCUUGA